AUGUCGGAGGAGUGCGUCAUCUACCAGAGGUUGGUGUCAACCACUGAUGACUUUACCCUAUUCCCUUCAGUGAUUGUUUUUGCUCUCUGCCCAAGUGGAUACAGUGGUCUGGGAAGACGAUGCAUCAAGGUUGUCACCGAGAAGAUGGACUGGGACUCCGCUAGAGCACACUGUAGAGAUGACAAUGCUGAUUUGAUUACCCUUGAGAGUCAGGCAAAGAUGAAUGAAUUUCGGGACUUCAUGGCGACCAAUGGACAUGAAUCUGACAAUGGCUACUACUGGUGUGCAGCGUCAAAAGUCAGUGACGGAUGGCAGUGGAUCAACGGAAAGACAUUCUCCAACUCUGCCCUCUGGUGCGACGGUGAGCCAAAUUUUCCAAAUGAUGAGGAGUGCGCGUCGACACGAGAUCCAGCGUUCAAUUGCUAUUAUGAUGAUUCCUGUAACGAAAACUUGAAGUUUGUGUGUGAGGUUCAGUUCUGA